UAAUUCUACGGGAUCCUUUCCGAAUCCAAUCGAGCCAUCUUUCUCCGCCGUUUGCAGCUCCGAUUUGAAUGAAUAGCAAGAAGAUUCCAGGAAGAACCGCGAUCUUUUUCCCGGUGGCUGAUGGUAUUCUCGUGGAUCGAAUUCUGGAAACAGAGCCGUGGCGUCAGAUCGACAAUUUCGUGCAAUACAAUUUCGUGCAAAACAUCGCGAAGACGGUUAACGAACGAGUGACGCUCGAUCCGAAGUCCACCCCUGCAGAUACUAAGAGCCCGGGGAAGAAACGGAUAACGUCAGCCUCGGUAAGGACUCGUAAAAGUCAAACGGGCCAAAUCGACGAUGAAAAAUCGGCGAAAAAGAAACAGAAUGCUCUGCCGGCAGUCGGGGGUCGGAAAACAGUGGGACGUAAAAAGGAAGCAGCGAAGAAGACCAACGAAGAGCAGGGUAAGAAAGAAGCAUCGACGAACAGAGGAAGGAAGGUAGGUACCGGCGACGAUGGCAAGGGAGAGGAGAAGAAACCGAAAGCUGUCGCGAGGAAUAGCAAACCGAACACCAAAUGCGUGGAAGAAAAUCCUAAGGUUGCAGUAAACCAGACUGAAAAGCCGUCUGCCGAUUCGCAGAAGUUAGAAGCUGGCUCAGAGUGUAUCGCCGAAGAAAAUAAGACAGCGGAGUCAUCGAAGAGGACGGAGGAAACCGUGGUCUCUUGGCCAGUUGGAAACGAAAAAUCGACGAUACUGCUGAACGACAAAGUCGCAAACGCGGAAAGGAAUAGAAGCGCGAUGUCCGUGAACACGUUGAUCGGUGCGAAUUCCAAGUCUCCGUUUAGAACGAGCACUCCGAAACGCGAGGCUUCUAGAACCAGCGGUUUCCUUGGGACGAAACCUGCUGUCGCGAAGCAUCAUGUUUCGACGUUGGAAAAAGAUUCGUCCAUAAGAAGUAACGCCUCUGCGAUGAAGGCUUGCACGAGGAGUACCUGUGCGAGGAGAAACGCGAUCUAUGGUAACGAGGAAUUCGUGACUAAAGGGAACGAGGACAAGAAAAUAAGCGCGAAAUGCGAGUGUAAACCUACGAACACGUUGAAGGUGAAAGGAGAGAAGAAGCUUGGGAAUAACGAGACAUCGCGAACAUUGAUCAACAAGAAUACAACAAAGGCGAGAUACAAAAAUACAACAUCGACAGAAAGGAAAUCGGAAAAAUUCGAGAAACGUCUGCUCGAACAGCGGAAAAUGCAAGAGGAGAGGAAGAUACGACGACACGAGAGAGAAGCGGAACGUGCUAUGGAACGAUUUAGUCAUCACGUAACGUACAUAGCUAAGAAAAAGGGUUAUAUACCAGAACACGGUCUGUCCAUUGACACCGAGGACGAAGAUAGUUAUUCCGAUUGCACCAGCGGGUCGUAUUAAUCGGAUUCCUGCUGUUCUCGUACUUCGUGUUCCUGUCGCACCUGGUGCAGUAGCGCCUGCACCAGCCACUCUUCCACCGU